AGCUUGUCGACCCGGGCCUUGAAUCUUAAAAGCCACAUUCACGCGUAAAUAAAACUGUGGAAGACAGAUUGGACCCCAGGAAUACAAAAAAAAACAAAAAAGAGGGAAAGCGGUGCAGAAGGAAAAGAGAAGUUUCCAGCACCGUAGGAUUAUAAACUAACGAUGGCAUCUACUUCCAACCGAACCAGUGGCGGUUCUUUCUACGGCGGUGCAGCUCCGUACAGAUCAAGGGAGGGUUUAAGCACGAGACCGGUGGCUAGCUCUGAUGAAAUACAAUUGCGGAUUGAUCCGAUGCAUGCUGAUUUGGACGAUGAGAUCACCGGUCUCCGUAGCCAAGUUAAACAAUUGAGAAACGUCGCUCAAGAGAUAGGAUCAGAAGCAAAAUUUCAGAAGGACUUUUUAGAUCAGCUGCAAAUGACCGUGAUUAAAGCUCAAGCAGGGGUGAAGAACAACAUUAGGAAAUUGAACAAGAGCAUAAUCAAACAUGGUUCAAACCAUAUAGUCCAUGUGGUUCUUUUUGCACUAUUUUGCUUCUUUGUUGUCUACAUGUGGUCCAAAUUGUCCAGAAGAUGAGGUUUUGGGGGACUACUGAAUACAUGUUGAUUGGCGAUCGAAAGAAAAUGGUGCGUAAAUGCUUGACAGUUGACUUCUGUCAGUCGUAAUUGACUUAGAAAAUAUUGGUUCUAGGUUUUAUUGUGCUGUUGUCAGAAUCCUGUUCUAUCCUCCAAACGAGGAGAUAUUGUUGCAUUAUCAUUCCGUAGUUUUAGUUGAUUAUCAUAUUUUCCAUACUCCAUCUAAAGCUGCUUUGAAAGACUUGGAUUUAGUGUUAUAUCAAGUAUCCUCCCCUAGUUGCCUACGUUAA